CGUAGCUAUAUGUAGAGUAAUGUUUUCUGGCGACAGAUAAACGGCACGCGGUCGCAGGUGGAGGACAUGCGGGCGAGAGAGUAGAACAGCAAUCGGCAUGGCAUUAUCGCUUAUGCAAUCGAAGCUUCACAUCGAUUUACGUUGGUUUCAGAUCGAGACGACAGCGGCGGUGGCAACAACAGCGGUAGCUGCCGCCAACCCGCUUUCCUGGCACAUCCCAAGGCCGUCCUUGGUCGGGCGCAGCGAGAGGGACAGCGAAAAUGGUAGCUGGGCUCAUCACUUGCAUCCGAACUCCCCCUCGAGAGGGUCGACGUCGUCUCAAGGAUCCACCGCCAGUACACACAGCGCCGCGUCGGGAACGUUGCUACUCACGGCCGCGAAUCUCGCGAAUCUCGCCGCUAUACAUCCGCCCACGGUGACGGCGCCGAAGCAGAUAGACACCGCCUCGGUGGCCAGCAGCACCCACUUCACGGUCGUGAACGGUCUCGGCAGACCGGCCACCGUCUACAGGAAGUCCUGGUGCGCGCGAAAUCAGCUCACCGUUCUCGUGUGCACCAUGAGUUUUCUGUUCAUGGUCGGUCUGCUCGCCGGGAUCCUUUACAUGGAAAUGAGGGCUCGCGACAAGUACAACUAGGCCGAGGGUGAGAGCGGGAGGAGGAGGAGGAAACGGCACGUGACCAUGAACGAUGAUCAUCGUGAUAGAAACGGGCAAUGAAGAAAAUGACUACUGCGGAGAGAACGGAGCUGGGAAAAACGUUUCCAUGAAGACGAGAAAGAGAGAGAGAGAGAGAGAGAGAGAGAGAGAAAGAGAGAGAGAGAAAGAGAGAGAAAGAGAAAACGCAAGAUCCAGUCACGAUAUUAAUUUGACUUACUCAUAUUUACACGUAUAUGUACAUCUGCGUUGUAAGCCUGUUCAGACCACUCUCGGUCCGUAGACGUUCCCGGCGGUUAGAAUUUUAAGUAUAUAUAUAUGUAUACAUACUGUAUUGCACCGCGACAAACGUGUGGUACGUGAAAAUCAGUAAUUACAUUUGUGUAAUGAGCAACGUACUGUUAAGGGGUUGACGAGAUCCUCGCGAUGGGAUACUCUUGCGUAUUUAUGCUGGAAUUUAACGAAAUUCGUCGGAUUGUCCCGCGAGAUACGAUCCGACGAAUAACAUAAUAUAUUUUAUGUUAAUUAACUUCUUACCGCGUAGCGCGUGUCAUGUAGAGCACAAGCAAACUUUCUCUAAAAUUUCUUCACUGUUUUACGUGUGUGACUUAUGACACCUCUCUGCACGCCGCAUAUUUUUUCGCAUGGAAAGAUACAUGUGGUAAGGGGUUACGGACGAUAGUGACACACGAUAGUGAUCCGCGAUUGCUCCAAAUAAAAAGCACAACUUUUCGCGUAGCGAAUAAAAACGAAAAAACUUCUCCUAUUUAGUUCUCAAUCGAUUUAUCGUUCGUAAAUCGCGUGUCGACAUUAUCGAGAGCCGAUGUAGAGAAGAGGUAUACGAUAAAAUAUCACUCGAGUGUCACUAAUCCUAGUCGUCCAACGCAAAUCUCGAAUCUAAUAGUAUUUUGAAUAACGAGUACCGACGGACAGUUCGAAGCAAUCGACGAGAUGGGACCAAGAUAGUGAAUAUCUAUUUAGGGCCUGUAAUUUAAUUUUUACUAACAAGCUGCCUUAAUCAUAUCUGGAUUUCCGUCGGAUUGUUAUUCCGGGAGCAAAUGUAAACGGAAAAGCAAUGAAGGGCGGUCGCGUCGAUCGCUUUUCGCGUCUGUGAUAUUACUUGCGUAUUAAUCGUCGAUUCAACAAGAAACUGUCAAAUAUAGUAAACGUCGUUUCAUUUCCACCUGUCUUUUGCAGCAUAUUGAUAUAAUAUUCACAUAACAGCUG